UUUUCUCUCCGUCGUCUCAAGGAAACAUGGAGGUUGUACGAUUGUCACGUGCGUUGCGCAUAGGUCGACUUUGGACGAAACAGGCAUGCUUAGCACCUCCGUCGUCAAGAUGUUUAAACCUGCACGAAUACCAAAGCAAACAGCUAAUGGCUGACAAUGGUAUUAAUGUCCAGAGGUUUAAAGUCGCCGACAAAGUGUCUGAAGCACAAGAGAUUGCUCGAACACUUGAUGUUGCAGAAUUUGUCAUCAAGGCACAAAUACUUGCUGGUGGCAGAGGAAAAGGGACGUUCAGCAGCGGCCUUCGGGGUGGAGUGAAGCUUACCAAGGACCCAGCCCAAGUGCCAGAGCUUGUGGAGAAGAUGCUUGGCUAUAAGUUGGUCACAAAGCAGACACCAAAAGAUGGCGUCCUGGUGAACAAGGUGAUGAUUGCUGAGGCUCUGGACAUAGCAAGGGAGACUUACCUGGCCAUCCUAAUGGACCGCUCGUACAACGGUCCUGUAGUGGUGGCCAGUCCAGCUGGUGGCGUGGACAUUGAAGAUGUUGCCGAGAAGACGCCACACCUGAUCUUUAAGGAGCCAGUCAGCAUCUUGGAGGGCAUCACUAGCACACAAGCACAGAACAUUGCCAAAAACCUCAACUUCAAGGGGCCACUAUUAGAUAAGGCAGCCGAACAGAUAGAGAGGUUGUACAACUUAUUUCUCAAAGUUGAUGCCACUCAGGUUGAAGUGAACCCAUUUGGAGAAACACCAGACGGAAGAGUUGUGUGCUUUGAUGCGAAGAUAAACUUCGAUGACAAUGCGGCCUUCAGACAGCAAGCUAUUUUUGCUCAGGAAGACACAUCUGAGAGUGAUCCUCGAGAGGUGCUCGCAACCAAGCACCACCUCAACUACAUUGGCAUGGAUGGAAAUAUUGCCUGCUUAGUCAAUGGUGCAGGCCUGGCCAUGGCCACCAUGGACAUUAUCCAGCUUUAUGGCGGUACACCAGCCAACUUCUUGGAUGUUGGUGGCUCAGUCAAAGAAGACCAAGUCACAGAAGCCUUCAAGAUAAUUACCGAUGAUCCAAAGGUCAAAGCUGUCCUUGUGAACAUCUUUGGAGGCAUUGUCAACUGUGCUACCAUUGCAAACGGAAUCACGAGUGCAUGCCGCUCAAUAAACCUCACUGUUCCUCUUGUGGUGAGGCUGGAAGGAACCAAUGUUGAAGAGGCAAGGAGCAUUUUGAGCUCCAGUGGAUUGCCCAUCACCACCGCUGCAGACUUGGAUGAUGCAGCGCAGAAAGCUGUAGCCAGCCUCAAAGGUUGAUUCACAGGUGCCUUCACUAGCCAAGGAGCCAAAUGCUUGGAGAAAGCAGUGCCACUCGGGCACAGAGAGUGCGCAAGAAGGCAAAGCUAGUUUAACAAACUUCUUUUCUGUAAACCUGCCGGCAAUUCUGCGCCGUAUGUACAGUUCAGUCCACAGUUAAAGGGAACACUCAAGUGAGUACCUGUCAUAUUUCGGGCCCCAUAACUGCAAUUAGACACAAAAACAUUGUUUGUGAAUGGCACUAUUCUACUGAAAGAAAUUAGAACUGUCAACCAGCAUUAGUCUUAUGAAAAUAUAAUUCACUAUGCUUUUGCCAACAGGUGAAAUCUGGACAUGGUGAACACGAAAGUGUUCCCUUAAACAGUGGACCCAUCUGUACAUAUGCGUAAAUAAAGUUUUGCUAUUAAUUUUGAACCCC